GGGACCGCCGAGCUUCAGCUUCGGUGUGUUUUCGGGCUGGCUGUUCUUUGUCCUCCAUUAGAGCUCGGAUUCCCAGGCCCAUCGUACGGCGCAGGCCCGAAGUAGCGCAGCCGCUCUGAGUUAGUGUUUGAGGCUAGCACCACGCCAUGGAGGACCACAACGUUCACCAGACCGAGCACAUGACCACCAUCGAGGAGCACGCCGUGCAGCAGGUACAUGUGGCCACGUACACAGAUCACAGCAUGCUGAGCGCCGACGAGGACUCGCCCUCAUCCCCUGACGACGACGUCUAUGAUGACUCAGACAUUCUUCACUCGGCCGGCAAUGACCAGAUGACCGCGCACCUGGCAGCCGCAGGCCCAGUAGGCAUGGCUGCAGCUGCUGCCGUAGCAACGGGCAAGAAACGCAAGAGGCCCCACAUCUUCGAGUCCAACCCGUCCAUCCGCAAGAGACAACAGACACGCCUUCUGAGGUGA